AUGGCGCCGCAGCUCGGCGCGUCGGCCGCGAAGAAGCGGCGGGUCACUGAGGAAGCCGCGGCGGCGGCGGCCGAGGAGGGGGACCCCAUCCUGGCGCUGCCGGAGGACCUGCAGCUGCGCAUCCUGUCCCUGCUCCCGCUCAAGUCCGCCAUCCGCACGGGGGCGCUCUCCACGAGGUGGCGCGCGCUCUGGGCGCGCCGCUGGCCCGCGCCGUCCUCGCUCGACCUCCACCUCCGCUCCGGGGUCGACGACCCGGAUCGGCUCCUCGGCUUGCUCCACCGCCGCGGGCGCCGCCACCUCGACCGCUUCGUCCUCACCUUCCACUUCGGCGAGUACCGCCGCCGCCGCCUCCCCCACCGCUACUUCGGCGACGAGGACAUCCGCCGCUGCCUCGGCUACACCGCCGCCUGCGAUGCCAAGGACCUCCACCUCGACAUCGCCGACCACUUCAUGAGCACGGUCUCCAUGCUCCGUUUUCCGGCGGCCUGCCCCCGCCUCGCGCGCCUCUCCCUCCUCCGCGUCGGCAACGUCACCUUCGGCUACUCCCUCCGCUCCGACGCCUACGCCACCCUCGAGGUCGUCCAGAUCCACUCCGCCCACUCGGUGGACAUCAACCACCUUCUCCCAGCGUGCCCUCGCCUCCGCACCCUCGACCUGCGCGACUGCGAGUUCCUCGAUACCUCGGAUGAAAUCUACGCCACGUCGCCGCAGGGGCGCCUCAGGAGCCUCACCGUCGCCGAGUGCAACCGCGUCACCCAGCUCUACGCCGGCAUGGCCUCCGGCCUCCGCUCCUUCCGCCUCAGCAGUGCCCUUCUCCCCAUCUACGAGAUCGCGGCCACCGCGCAGCCUGACGACCUUUACAUCUGCCUACGGGGGCCAUGCAUAAGCUAUCCUCUCAAGCACUGGAUCCAAGCGCUUCCCAACCUCGCCAACCUCAUGGUCCUCACCAUCUGCAGCAUUGCCCUCCGGGUCGGUCCACUGUGA